CAAAAGUGGCUGUGAAAAGGAUAAACAAAAAAAGUUACAGAAGACCUCACGACUCAAAGAUACUAUAACAACAAGAUGAAUAAUGAAGAUCGAUGGGAAGUUUUAGAAAACUCCACUGAAGAAGUAACAACAUAUGUGGAACCCAUGUCUCCUCUCUCUAGACGAGACAGUGGAUUCAUUGCACUCUCUCCACUCUGUGACCACUACAACAAUCAGAUGAGGAUUGAUUCUCCUACAACUUGUUCAGAUGAAGAAAUCAUUGAGUCUCUGUAUCAAAACCUCUUUAGCAUUGUUCUCUGUCUUCAACUAGAGGAGUCUGGUAAUGAUGGUUCCAACACACACCUGUCUCCGCCUUGCCCUGGAGCUCCAUUGAAGCUUACAAGGUUUUCAAGAAACAUGGAUCCAGGAUUCCAAAGAAAGCUCUUCUAACAUUGGAGUUAACUUUAGUCUUGUUAUGUUGUUGCACAAAGAUCUUGUGGUAAUUUGUAUACUAUUUGUACUAAGUUGGAUUGUUUAUUUGAAAAAUGUCUUUUAUUGUUUAUUUGAAAAAUGUCUUUUAAGAAAAAAGAAAAACAGCACUUGUCCCACAAAAGAAACCAUGUCCCCCUAGAGAUCAGACUGAGCCAACUCAGUUUUUAUAAAAUUAUUUCGAUGAAUUAUAAAACUAGAUACAAAAAUAAUUAAACAAAUUUAUGGAUUGGACUAAUACUAAAUUAUGAUUAAGUAAUUUUA